UGAGGAUACCUCGAGGAAACAUAUGUGAAUCAUACCUUUGAAUAAAUUACAAAAUGAAAUAUUAUACAUGAACUUUUAUUUCAUAUUUUUCUUGGUUGCGAAAAUAAGACAAUAACUGAGCGUCCUCCCCCGCUGACCAAAAUAGAAUCUCCCUAGCCUGCACGCUUGAAAAAAUGGCGGACGAAGAGCAACCCCAGACUGCAGUAGUAGAGGAGCCGCUGGACCUGAUCCGCCUCAGUCUGGACGAGAGGAUCUAUGUCAAGAUGAGAAAUGACAGAGAGCUGAGGGGAAGGCUCCAUGCAUACGACCAGCAUCUGAACAUGAUCCUUGGUGACGUGGAGGAGACAGUCACCACAGUGGAGAUAGACGAGGAAACAUACGAGGAAAUAUACAAAACCACCAAGCGGAACAUUCCCAUGCUGUUUGUCCGAGGAGAUGGAGUCAUCUUGGUGGCACCACCUCUCAGAGGAGGAGCUUUCUAGUCGACAUUAAAAACUACAUUUUGUAUGGCAACUUGUACCUAGGAAGACAUUAGGUACUGUUUUGUACAGAGCAUUCUUUUGAAGAUGAUAUAGAUGACCAGUAUUUCUUCAUUUACAAUAUCUUCAUAAUUAUGUUUUAUGCUGAGAAGAAACUUUUGUGGUCGCAUCGUCUUUAUCUGCCUCCGUCUGUAGCUCUUUAUAAAGUCUUAUAUGCUGGAUGGAACAUGCAGGAUAAAAAACAAGGAAGUCACGACCAAUAUUAUUAAGUAACUACAUGUAUGGUUUCAUAUUAUUAACCUACACAUGUCUGGCUGUCAUAUUCGAGAAUGAAUUUGUUUCAAAAGAUACUUUUGACAAAGACUAGUGUAUGGUUGUUUUGACUUUUGCCAUUUUGUUUUAUUGUUUCUUUUUUAAUCAAAUACAUGAGCUCAUUAAGGUAGCUUGUUAUUGACAGUGAUGAAGACUUAUAACUGAGAUCCACAUAAAGGGCAAACAUUUAUCCAAGGCAGGUACUUGUAACUGUUAAUCAAGAGAUGAUGUGAUCAAUCCAGUGACAAUAACUGCAAUAAAGCCUGUCAUUAACAAUUGG